UGUUUCUUGGGAAGUCUAGAAUAUAUAAUCUACCAUCAGACCUUACCUGCUACGCUGAAUUCUCCACAUGUCCCGGACCAUGUCAUGCUCAAAUGGAGUGCUAGCCAUCCUGUUCCCUCCGCUGCUGCUGCGAAGUCUUGUGUUGAGCUUCAUCACGUCCAAGGGAACAGAGGAAUAUGGUUUUGUGGGGCAUACCAAGGCUAUGGCUUCCAUGAAGAUGGGGUCAAGGCUGGGAAAGCAGCGGCUCAAGGUUUGCUUGGUGAGAAGGGCACCCUUCUGGUUAACCCCAAAACGAUGGUGCCGUCAUGGACUGAAGCUGGAGCCCGCAUUCUGGUAGCAAGAUUUCUCAACCAAUUCAUAUUCCAGGGCAAGAUAAUCUUGCUGGAACAGGAAGGCACUAUGUUCAGCUUUGGUGAAGCAGGCACAAAAUGCAAUGUGAAAUCUGUCCUGCAAGUUCAUGACCCUCUCUUCUAUUGGAAGGUUGCAACCGAAGGAGACCUUGGCUUAGCAUAUGCCUAUAUCAAUGGUUAUUUCUCUUUUGCUGAUAAGAGAGAAGGGCUUCUGAAUCUUUUCCUCAUUUUGAUUUCGAACAGAGAUGUGCAGAAGAGUUAUACCAGCGUUAACAAUAAAAGAGGUUGGUGGACACCUUUGCUUGUAACAGCAGGGGUUGCAUCUGCUCAGUAUUUCCUUCGCCACGUCUCAAGGAAGAAUACUGUCACACAAACUCGCCAAAACAUCUCUCAGCACUAUGAUCUGAGUAAUGAUUUCUUCUCUCUUUUUCUUGAUCCAACGAUGACCUAUUCUUGUGCCAUUUUUAAGGCGGAGAACGAAAGCUUUGAAGUGGCCCAGCUACGUAAAGUUAGCCUCCUAAUCGACCUGGCUAAAGUGGAGCGGGAUCAUCACGUCCUUGAGAUUGGCAGUGGUUGGGGCACCUUAGCGAUACAGGUGGUGAUGCGCACUGGCUGCAAAUACACAGGGAUUACCUUAUCCGUGGAGCAACUUAGAUACGCCCAAAGGAAAGUGAAAGAAGCCGGUUUAGAGGCUUAUCUGCGAGUCGGAUGCGUUCAUGGACAAGGACCACCUGACGGAGCAUGUGAGGGCUGGCCGGUGGGACGAGGCCAUCAGGUAUCUCUCACGCUUCCUGCCGUCCGAUCAUCUUCUGGGCCUCGACGGCCGCACCCUCUUGCAUUUCCUCCGCGUGCACAAGGCCAUCGACGACAUCGUCUCCGGAGCAGCCGAGAGCGAGGCCGUGUCCUGGGCUCUCAAGAAGUGCUUCACCCUCGAUGUUGUCCGCAAGAGCGCCGUCACCAAGCUCCGCGCCAUGCUUUGGUCCCUCCUCUGCUCCGCCGGACUCAGGCUGCAUCGAUUAUCGUUGACUUGGUUUGGCGAACUCCAGAGUUGAAAGAACAUAUGACAAACGCCCGUGGCCCGAUGAAACCCCAAAACAUACUUCCCAUUGGCUUCGGUUUCUGUCGAAGGCGCCACGUGAAGCGAGGCCCCAUCCCGGGCUCUGUUCUUGUCAGGCACUAUCUUCAUAAGAGGAGGAUGCUGCCUUCUUCUACUUCAAGUCACUGUGAAGGGUUAAAUUUUGAAUCAUUAAUAAAGGCAAAGAAAUGGAUGGUGGAUCUUGUUGAGAUACAAGUUUGGAAGCUGGUAAGCGGCAUCAAGGGUUUUCACUUCGAUCUGUCUGUAAAAAUGGUGCUCCUGUUGGUCCAGCCUCACAGACUAAUCUUGGUACAUUCAGAAGUCCAGCUAGACAUUUUGGCAUAUCAUCAGACACCGAUCGUGACUCAUUAGUCCUCAAGGCAAAGGAAUGGGCGGUUUAUCUUACAGAUGAACGGUUGGAAGCUUGGCCGGACCUGAGUCAAGGGUAUCCAUUUCAAUCAAACCUCAAGGAUGGUUUUCCAGUUGCCCGAGUCUCGCAGACAAUUCCUGAUACCUUGACAAGGCCUGUUGAAAGUUCUGCAAUUUCAUCAGUCACAAAAGCAGAUGCUCCCUCCUUGUUGCAGGUGUUCCAUUCUUUGAAAGAUCCUUCUAGAGACUAUGGGAUCUCACCAGUGACCAAUGCAGGUAAAACAGUUGAGUAUUGAGUACCUGGCUAGCUGCCGCCAUUUCUAACUGCAGGCGUCGAUGAUUGAAGGUGAAGCUGAAGAUCACCUCGCAACGUGCUCUUGAGUGCAUAACUGCUGGGUUCAGAGAUUAGAUUCUAGCUUAGAUAGUUUUUCCCUGUACAAUAUCUCCUUGUACUUUUCUUUCUCCUUUUUAUAUUAGUUUUUAGAGCUCUUUUACACUGAUUGGCGAGUACUUCUCAGUACUCCCGUCGGAAUUAAUUAUGUCCGUUGAUCUAUACUCAGGGGCCGUUUAUUUCCCUGGGCCGCAACUGACCCGUCCCUCUCCAACGGCCUCACCGGCCUUGCCCCGCCCUGCUCCGGCUUCUCCGCAUGGCUCUACUCCCCUGCGACCUCCCUCGACCCAUGCCCUCGCAGCAGUCGCCAUCGACUUUCAGGCCACCCCUGCCAUCGUACUCCAUGAGGAAAUUUCAGGCCGCUCUCUGCCGUUGGUGUUCAGCUUUUGCUUGUGAUUCUUGCAGUGGAGAAACAAUGUAUCGAUUGCAUUGUGACUAUUAGUUAAUGGAUUGCAGUCUGUUGGAUUCAGAAUAGAAGAUCUUUGCUAAUCUUAGUACAAGUAUGUAUCUUGUUAAUCUUAGUACAAGUAUGUGAAUUCCGAAUAGAAGAUCUUGCUAAUCUUAGUACAAUUAUUCUCAUUAA